CAGCAAUGCUGAUCAACAAAGAAACCAUUCCGUACAGGAUGGGUCUGCAGCCCUUCUACUACUUCCAAUCGUCGCCACCGGUACAGAAUGAGCGACUAGGCGGUUACCAUCACCCGAUCACGCCACCGUACCACCAUCCGUACGACUUUAUACUACCGAUGCAAUCGCCUCCGAACUCGAUGGCUGCGGCAGCGGUUGUGGCCGCCGCCGCCGCCGGUGCCGGUGUCCCGGUACCCACCGAAUCGAUCCGUCUCCGGUCACCGGCAUCGUCCGCCGCAUCGUCACCAUCUUCAUCGUCUCCGUUGUACUUCUUUAUGAACGGGUCGCCGGCCAGCAGUGCCAACAGUGGCGGUGUUACCGGACCAUCCGCUACCUCCGUACCGGGGAAGGAACAGUUGACGGCGGGACCACUUUCACCGCCACAUACACCACCGCUACGUGAUCGUACACCGAGCCCGGGUCGAUAUGGACUUUCCACGGUCGGGGAUUUACCGCUCGGUUCGGCUAGUAGCAACGCGGCACAGCGCAACUCUGUCAUCAUGAAGGUGCAGAAUCAGCAGGUCGUACCGAUACAGGGAGAAACUGAUGCGAGCUCCCCGUCCGAGCCGGACACGGUCGAGGAGUUUAUCUGUCGCUGGGAAAACUGUUACUGUGUGUUCUUCAAGCUGGAGGAUUUGGCAAGUCACGUUACACAGAAGCACGCCGUCAUCGGGCUGGAUGGUUUGUACUACUGCCGCUGGGAGCGCUGCCUGCGCCAGGACCGGGGCUUUAACGCGCGCUACAAGAUGCUGGUGCACGUGCGCACACACACCAAGGAGAAACCGCACCAGUGCGGCAAGUGCGGCAAAUGUUUUUCACGUGCAGAAAAUCUGAAGAUUCAUCUGCGCUCGCACUCGGGCGAAAAGCCUUACGUAUGUCCGGUGGAGGGCUGCAAUAAAGCGUACUCGAACUCGUCGGACCGGUUUAAGCACACGAGAACACAUUCGAACGACAAGCCGUACGUUUGCAAGGUGCCGGGGUGUAACAAGCGUUACACCGAUCCGUCCUCGUUACGCAAGCACGUGAAAACGUUUAAGCACACGAACCAAAGCCUAUCGCCCCUGUUGUCGGAUGUGUGCUGUAUGGAUUAUGAGAGCUUCUCGCAGGAUAGUACGCGUUCGGAUGCGACCGGUUCGUACCCGGACUACGAUUCGGAGGACAAUGGUACACUGAUCGAUGUGGUACGUUGUGAUGAGGAGUCACGGCUCUAUCCGGAUUGCUAUUCGUACCAUCGAUUAGAUGGUUGCGAACAUCCAGGAUGCUUGGAAGCGAUGAAAAGCCCACUCGGUGAACAUUUUUGGCACGCUGAUCAACGGAACGAUCGACGUGUGCUGGAUGUGGUUGAGCCGCGAACCGAGGGCACAAUGAUGGAACCACAUCCGGAACCGUGGGACGGUAACGGUGUGCCCACCAGGGUCCACCCGCUCGAGGAUGACGAAUUGUGCAGGACGGUCGUACGUCCGGCCGAACGGUCAAAGGUGCUUCGACCGGCCAGGAUGGAUGUGGACGGUCCCCUCGAUCUCAGUAUACAUCACCGAUGAAA